CUCGACUCGCUUGUGUGAGUGAAGCGUAAAAAUAAAAGAAAUUUUGACAGAUUUUUUUUCCAUAAACAUGUCUCUCUCAGAUAUAUAUAUAUAUAUAUAUAUAUAUAUUGUAACCACGUAUAAAUCGUGUUUAAACGACACUUGUACGGGGAAUUCUGACUGAUUUUCUUGCUGAAUGUGUGUGAUCUCUGUUAAAUAAUUUUAGGUUAAAUAUGAGAAAAUCUAUCUAAAUGUCUGAUGAGAGAGAAAUGUUUUUAGUUCAGAUGGUACAGUAUAAACACAGACAGAGAUCCACCCAAGAAUAUACAUGUCUCUUUCUAAUUCUGGCUCCGAUUUUCUAUAGGAUAGUAUAGGAAAAGUUAAGUAUACUAUAGAGCUCAAUGGCACGGAAGUAUCCAGCAGCAGUCGCGAACGGAGAUCUUCGGGGAUCCUCGUUAUUAUAAAUCGGGUUAGACGGGAUAGCGAACAAUUUAUAGUGCAAUAUUCGUCGUCCGGGCGAUUAAAGUGACGUAAAUGUCAAAGGACGAAAAUGUCGUCUUUCCUUGAGCACGACGCAGCAAUAGACUAUGCGAAUGGAAACGGCAAACGCGAUCCUGUCCACGGGGGUCCAGUUUAUUAUUCUUUUAAUCCAGGAGAAGCAACAGGAUCCCACAGAACUACAGCAGAUCUGGAAUUUGUUUAUGAUGACACUGAUAUACAUACUAAUGAAAUUGCCGAGUUAUAUAGCUAUACAGAGCAGUAUGAAUUACAACUUAAUCUUAAGGCUUUUGAAGAUCAGAUGGAAUGGUACAAAUUAAGACCAUGGUGGCAAAAUUUAACAAGACCACAACAAAAAUCUGUAAUCUAUAAAUUGCUGGAUCAAUUAGAAGUUUCCAAUAAACAGCUCAGAAUGAAGGCGGCACGCUGCAUCCUUUAUUUAGCUCAGGGUUGUUGGGCUGAGGUACAGUCUGACAAAGAACAACAAGACUGGACUAGGACAAAUGUAAUGUUACUCUAUGAAGCUGGCAUUUUUCCAGCAUUUGUUGAACUGCUAAAUAUUGAGAUCGAGAAUAGCACAACUGCUACCACAGCAAUGAGAAAGCUAGCUGUUAGUCUUGCUGAUUCAAUAGAUCUAAGAGUCAUUCUGUCCGUUUUGUACAUUAUAACAGAAGUGAUGAGAGAGGAAUUAAAAAAUAUUGAACACAGCGAGUAUAAAGAAAAUGUUGAAGGUUUCAAAGAAGAUCUUGUAAAUCCAUAUGGAGAAGAAUUACUGAUUGUUAAACUUCUUGGUAUGGUGACAUGCUUCUGCAGUGGCUCGGCACCACAUUUUCCUAUGAAGAAAGUUCUCUUACUUUUGUGGAAGCUAAUUCUGGUUUCUCUCGGUGGCAUCGACUCACUUAGAGAGUUGAAGAAACUGUAUCGUGAGGAAGCUGGUCUCGAUACACAGCAGGAAGACACUAUUGAAGUUGCUAGAACAAUGAGGGCAAGUUCUCCACCUAUGAGUGCAGCAGAUUUAUUAGAAACACAAAAUCAGAAAAGGAACAAUCGACCUUUUCGACGGAAUUUUCUGAUGAAACAAAGUUCAUUAGAUGAUCCAGGCUUAGGUAUGGAGUAUGAAGGAGGCGAACCUCCAAAUAAUACUACGACAAAUGAAGGAGAUGGUGAGGUGAUUGUAUUCCUGGGUCCUGGUGGACCUGGUGGCUGUUGGAAUCAAACAUAUUAUGAAGAUCAAAAUAAUCAAUCGCAAAUGAGGCCAAGCAUUCCACAACUUAUGAAAGGAAAAGGUUUACCAUGGACACCCAAAGUAAGGCAAAAAGAUGUAGACAGCUUUCUUGAAGUUGCGAGACUAAAAUUUGUUGGUUACAAAUUACAAGGAGACAGAGAAAGUUUAGCAGGUUUGCCGCAACCGAUUCAUGAAGGUGUCACUACUCUGAAAAAGCAUAUGUAUACGUCUCUAGCAGAAAUUCAAAUACAAAGGGAAGAAGAAAUAGCAAGAAAUCCAAUGAGCACUUCAGAACCACCAUUACGUCAAACGCCAACAGAAAUUCUUUAUCAAGCUAUAUUACCGAAUUUGCCACAAUAUAUGAUUGCAUUAUUGAAGAUAUUACUUGCUGCUGCACCGACUAGUAAAGCCAAAACGGACAGCAUUAAUAUUUUGGCUGACGUACUACCUGAAGAAAUGCCAAUGACAGUACUACAAUCAAUGAAAUUAGGAAUCGAUGUUAGCCGACAAGAGAUCAUUGUUAAAGCUGUUUCUGCAAUUUUAUUAUUGCUGCUUAAACAUUUCAAGCUGAAUCACAUAUACCAAUUCGAAUUUAUGUCACAGCAUUUAGUAUUUGCCAAUUGCAUACCACUUGUAUUAAAAUUUUUAAAUCAGAACAUUAUAACUUACAUAGAAUCAAAGAAUGUUAUUCCUAUUUUGGACUUCCCCAUGUGUGUUAUUGGCGAUCAGCCAGAGUUAACUACUGAUAGUCUCGAAAUUGGUCACAGUCAAUCUUUUUCAUGGAGAAAUGUUUUCUCUUGUAUCAAUUUACUAAGAAUUUUAAACAAAUUAACUAAAUGGAAACAUAGUAGGAUAAUGGUAAAUGCUGGUUGUUUUAAAUCAGCACCUAUUUUAAAACGUACAUUGAAAGUUAGACAUGCAAUGAUGCAAUUAUACGUUUUAAAAUUAUUGAAAAUGCAAACGAAAUAUCUCGGUCGACAAUGGAGAAAAACAAAUAUGAAAACAAUCAGUGUUAUAUAUGCAAAGGUUCGACAUCGCUUAAACGACGAUUGGGCAUAUGGCAAUGAUUUAGAAGCACGGCCAUGGGAUUUUCAAGUUGAAGAGUGCGAGUUACGUACAUGUGUUGAUCAAUUCAAUAAUCGAAGAUACUCGAAUGUCUUGAGAGAUGAAGAGAUGGAACCAAUUGACGCAUCUGUAACGUCAGUACUUGGUACAAAUGUAGAAUUGACUGAGGAAUUUAAACAACAUUAUGAAUUAUGGUUGCAACAGGAGGUAUUUCAGAGAAGUAUCAAUUGGGAUGAAUUGUUGGAUCCUGUAGCAUGUGAAAUUUAAGUUUGAUAUAAGUAAAAUUCAUAUAAAUCGUAUUUUAAUUAAAUCAUAGACCUGGAUAAAAUUGCGACAUUUUUACGAAUUACUAUACUGUUGUGAAGUGUGUUCAACCAAAAAAAAACAUUGCCAUAUUGAUCAA